AUGUUAAAAUAAUAUGCUCAAAGGCUUCUGUUGCUGCAGGGUAAUAAGAAUCAUAAGAUAUAAUGAUAGCUGUAUAAUGGUUUAUAUUUCAAGAAGAAACAAUUUAUAAUCUUAUUAAAAAUGUCUAAAGUGUAGAAAGAGCAUAUGACUUAAUUCUAGAAGGGAUCAAAUAAUUGCUAAUUAGUUGUCUUAUCUUCAUAAAAACAGAUCCCUUUAAAUGCUUGUAUAUCUUAUAGAUAACUUCUUCCUUAUCAAAAGUAAUAUUUAGCUUUCAUAUUCUGAACGAAUAGAGGUUUAUGAAAUUUGUUACUUAACAUGAAUUUCUAGAAAUUUGUGAUGAUAUGAAAUAAUAGAUUGAAAUAGAGAAGAAUGAUUUAAUCCAAAAUUAGUUGGAACAUUAUCUUUUUUUAACCAAAGCCUCAUUUGAGAUGGCUCCAAAUAAUAAUAAUGAGAAAAAAGAAAUUUUAAAAGGAUGUUUAAAAGGAAUAAUUCACUCUAUAAUUACUACAAGUAUUGAUUCUAAUCUACUUUAAUCUCUGCUUUAAGGAGCCAGCUUAUUUAUAAAAAUGUAUAAUUUAAAUUAGAAAAGAAAAUAAUAUGAAGUUUACUAUUAAUUAGAUAUGUUAUAAUGGGAAUUAAUAAAUUACUUUAGAAGUAAUAAAGAACAAAAUUUAGUAGUAAUCAUUUCAUAAUUAGAAGCAAUGUAUGAAAAAUUAGUAAAAGGUUCAAACAAUUGGAAUGAUCAUUAUUCUUGGAUUCAAAUGAUAGGUAAUUUUUUAGUUUAUAAUCCUUAAAUAAAUAAAAAAAGUUUAGAUAAUCUAUCAAAGAAAUUUUAAUAUCAUGAAGGGGAGUUAGUAAAUUCUAUUUGGAAAGAAUUAUAAAGAAAAAGAAUUUUGAUGAAGACGAAUUUCGGUCAUGAUUAGGCUAUUAUUCUAUUAAAUUAAAUUUAAAACGAAAAAUCCAUAGAAACUGAUAAAUUAAUACUGCGAGAAUAUUUUCUAGGUUGGGAAAACUUUCUUUUAUUCAAAGAAUACUUAAUGGGUACUUAACUAUUUUCUUAAUAAUUAAAUACUUCUAUUACAUUUGAAUCUUAUUUAAAAAGUAAACUAAACAUAGGGAAUAAAACUAUUGAAAACAAUCAAGAUCUUUUAAUAACAAAUACAAUUUAAAAUUUUUUAAGUCUAAUAAUAUCAAAUUAAUUAUUAAAUUUCAUUACACAAAAUUAUGAAAGACUCUCAAUAGUGCAAUAGAAUUUAAAAAAUUUUAUUCAUAACAAUAUAUCAAAUUUAACAAUUACCUAAAAGACCUUUAAACAAUAAAUUUAAGCCAUUAUUAGUAAUUUGUAAGAAUGCCUUUAAAACUUCAUCAAAAUCAUUAAAAUUUACUCUCUGAAUUUGAAUAAAACUAAUAACAAGAACUAACAUUCUUACGAUAAAAGGAUGAUAGAAAUUAUUUCCUUUUAUUAACUAAUAUAUUUGAUAAGAUUUUCAGAAUCAAUAUUAAAAGAGUAAAUUUAGGAAAUUUAACAAAGAAAUGAUGAAAGAACUGGGUAAAAGCAAUAAAGUGCCUAAAAUGAUAUAAAUCUCAAAUUAAUUAAUGAAAUUAUUUUAAAAGAAAUUAAAUAGGAAUCAAAUUUAUCAGAAAAAAAUUAGCAAAUGGUUAAUAAAGUGUAUCAGAAAUUUUUAGAUUUAACAAAUACUUUCUAAAAUUUGGAAAAAUUUAAAAAAGAUGCUUUGAGCCUUUUAAAUUUGCUUGAAAGUUCACAAAAAUAAAUAAAAAAAUCUGAUAUUUUUUCAUUUUAAAAUUAGGAUUUAAUAAUAUAUUUUAAGUAUAUGUAAGAAAAUCUUUUUUAUUACUUUGAAGAGAAAAACAAAAUAAUGAAACAAGGAUUUGAAUAAUGUAUUUUAAUACUGAAAAAGAUUAUGACGAUAAAAUAUGAAAUUGAAAUUAUUUGUUCUACUGAAGAGGAAAAAUCAAAUUUUGAAGGAUAAUUUUUUAGUAAAGAUUUUGAAAAUAUAGAAAUUCUAAGGUUUGAAAUGUAAAAGCAAAAACUUUAAUUAAUUAUAUUUUAGGAACAAUUUUAAGAUUUUCUUACACAAGCUUAAUCAUAAUAAGAAUUAGAAGAUAUGAAAGAAUGCAUUAAUCUAGAUAAUUUUCUAUUGGAUAUAGUUAAAUAUUAUCCCAAGUAAGUGAAUACGACUCAUUGUUAAAUAUAUAAGGAAAUUGCAAAUGAGUUGAACAACAAAAAUAUAGAAGAAAUCAUUCUCUAAAGAAAGCUUGCUAAAUUAAAAGGAUUAGUAGAAUUUAGCAUGUUUAAGUUAAACAUAGAAGAGUAAAUGAUUGAAUCAGAAAGAUUAGAUUAAGAGUUAAUAGAGAAGGAAUUUGGAGAAUUAUUUUUAGCAGAAUAAAGUUGUAUUGAAAUAAUUGAAAAAAUAAAAAUAAUCAUAUAAGAAUAAAAAUUCAUGAAAUUAGAAUAAAAAACAAUUUAAGAAAAGUUUAAUUAAUAAAAAUUGAAACUUUAAUAAGAAAAAUAUGAAAAUUGGUUGAAAGAUCUCAAACAAAUAAGUGAUUUUAGAAAAGUUUAAAAUUAAGAUAGAAUUGGAAUCUCUUAUUUACAAAAAUUAAUAAAUUAAAUAGAAAAAAUUAUUUAAGCUUUUAAUAAUUCCCUAAAUUAAUAUAUAGACAAUGAAGAUAUUAAAUCUAUUUUUUUAUUAACAAUCAGUGAUGAGUAAGUAUAAUUAAUGAAUAUUUUAAAUGAAUAUUAUGAAUAUUUGAAUUAAUCUUAGGGAAAUUUAUUAAAAUAGCAAAAUGAAAAUGAUUAGAAAGAUGAAAAAAAAAAUCAAUAAGAAUAAUUAUUAAUGGAAAAAAAAGAAACAACUUAAUUUGAAGGAUUGAAUUAGGAAUACCAAAAAAAAUUAGAACAUGAAUUAUCUUAUUAAGUUUCUAAUGAUUAAAACGAAGUCAUAGAUGUAAGAAAUUCAGAAGGUUUUGGAAUAAUCUCUUAAAUUUUUAUUAACGUUUUAAAACUUUUAUAAAUUAAAAUAAAAGAAGAGAAAUAGUUUCUUUUUCAAUUACUCUAAGUGAUACAAAGUUUUAUAGAUUAAAAUAGUGUUAUUGAGAAUUAGAAAAAAGAAACUAAAGAAAAAAUCAAAUAACACUUAAAUUCUUAUUUUUAGACAUUAAUUACUAAUUUUGAAGAGUAAUAAUGGACAACUGCUGACUUGAAGUAAAAUUAAAAUGAAAAUUUAAAAAAUUAUUUCGAAAGACUAUCAAUAAUUUUAUAAUAAGAACAAUAGAAAAAUGAAGAAGGUAUUUAAAAAAAAGAUUUUAAUAAAAUAAAUAUUAAUGAUUUUCUUCAUAAAUUAAAAAUUUGUCUUAGAGAAAAUCUCAUUAAGAAAAGUUGCUAAUCAUAAGUAAUAUAAAUUGAAUAAGAUAUUCUGAUUCAAUAAAUAUCAAAAAUAUAUUUUAACCAUAAUUAAGAGUAUGAAGCGAAAGAUUAAUUAGGAUUAUUAGACUCCUUAAAAUAAAAAUAUAAAGAUUUUAAGAAUAAUGAUGAAUGGAAGAUUAAAUAAGGAUUAGUGUUUACAAUAAUUUAAGUUUCUUCAAAUAGUUUUAAUGAUGAGAUCUUUACAUACUGCUAAAAAUCUCUUAUUAAACUUUGGGCUUAAGAAAAAGAUUAAAGAAUUAGAAAUUUAUUAAAAAACCAAAACUUACUAAAAAUGUAAAUGCUUAUAUUAAAUAAAGAUUGGAAAACUUAGAACGAUAGAAUAGCAAACGAGAUGUAAUAAAUGCUUAGAAAAAUUGAUGACUUGUAAGAUUAUAUUUCUCAUGAAGUUAAUCCAAACAAAAGAGAUUAAAAACUUUAAGAAUUAGAUGAUACAACUGAACAAUUGAAUGAAUAUAUUUAGAAUAUCAAUUAAUUAGGUAAAUAGCUUAAUUUAGCUACUGAAUUUGUAAUUCAUAUCCAAAAGGGCUUAUCAAGAGUAGAAGAGAAAAUAAAAUAAAUGAAAGAACAGCUAAAUAGUAUAGAUCAUGAUUUAAAAUUUCUUAGAGGAAAAUCAGUAGAAUAACUAUUAGAAAUUAGAAAAUGGAAAGUACUAAAAGAGGCUGCAGUAAAAAAUGUCAAAUCAAUUUAUAUUCCAUUAAAAGCUGACAAGAAUGGAUUAAAUUUAAUAAAUUUAGAUUAAUAUGAUGAUAGAGAAGCGUAAGUAAAUGAGUUUAUUUUAGAUGAUAAGACGGUAUUAUUAAUACAUGGAGUUGCUGGAUCAGGAAAAAGUACAACAGCUAAAAAAAUAGAAGAAUUUAUCUGGAAAUUACAUAAUUAAAAUAUCAAAAUUCGAAAUAAAGUUUUGGUACCAAUUUAUAUUUCUUUACCUUCUUUAAAAAAUCCUAUUUAUUAAGCUGUAGAAGAAGCACUUCAUUAAGAUGAGUAUGGUUUCGAUAGUCUUCAAUUAAAAGAGUGUAAGGAAAUGUUGGAAAAAAAAGAGUUUAGGCUUUUAUUUAUUAUGGACAGUUAUGAUGAAAUGAAAUUAGAGAAUAUUUAAAAAAAUUUAUAUAUUUCUAAUAAGCUUUAUUAAAAUUGGUCAAAUCCGCUUGUUAUUUUCACAACAAGAAGUGAGAUUUUUAUUAGUAUACAUAAUUAUAUCGAUUGGUUUUCAAGCGAGAAUAAAUAAAAGCUAAAAGAAAUAACACUAUAGAAAUUUGAUGAAAUUCAACAAAAGGAAUAUUUAAAAAAAUUUACACUUUUAAGUAUUAAAUUGCUAAUUUUUGAAAUUUAUGAAUGGUAAUCACAUAAUUAAGGUUAAAUGUCAAUUGAUAUCUAGAAAUUUGAAUUAUUUUGGGAAAAAUUAUAAUUUUAAUUGUUGAAAUAAAAUUUAUCAUUGAAAUCAGAAUCCCUCCUAAAUUAAAAGCAGAUUGAUAUAAUUUUAGAGUUAUUGUAAAAUGAUCAACUUUUUACUUUUAUAAAGAUAGAAGCUAUAAGAAGUCUAAACAUUAACUUAUAGAAGCUUUGGAGCGUUUAUAAUUAUGAGAAUAUGAUGAAGAUGGUUAAUUUAGAUAAAUUAGUUGAAACUCCUUAUAUGAUGGAAAUAAUUGUAUAGGUUUUGCCUUUGAUGAUAGUAAAAGCAACAGAGAUUAUUAAUUUAAGAUAAACUUUUAUAAACAACUGCUCUCUAAUGUUGAAGGAGCUUUUAAAUAGUAAAUCUUUAAUCAAAAUUUACUAAUAAUAAUAAAAUAAACUAUUAAAAUAAAGUGAUAUCCUUUAAAAAACAUAAUUUAAUAAUUAGAUAAAUUAACUUAAUUUAAAAGACAUUGAGAUGCUUUUGGAUUAAAUUGAUUACAAGUAAGAAGCAACAUUUAUUUGGGAUAAGAUUGAACAAAAUUAGAUUCCUAAAGACUUUUAAAUAUCCUCAAAUAUAAAUGAUAUAUAUAUUAAACUUUUAAAAGCUUUUGAAACAGAUGACUAUAACAAUAAAGUGAUCUAGCCUGAAAGUUUUUUAUAUAAAGCAAUUAAGUCAUUAGAAAUUCAAAAUGAAGAAUUAUUUUAAAUACUAUGCUAUGCUUUAAAAAAACAGAAUUUAACUGGAUACGAUUUUUAUAAUGAGUUUAUAACAGAAUAUUAUUUUAAAUAGAUUGAAAAAUAAAGAAAUUUAGGAAAAUCUAUUAAUACGGAUCGCUUUCUACAUGAUUUAAAGCAAUAUUCAAUAAAAUUUGCAAAAGUAAUGAGCGCUAAAGAACUAACUUAAGUUAUAUUUAAAUAACAAGGCCUAAUAUAUAAAGAUGAAAAUAAAGAUGAGGAAUGGUUAGAUGAAUUUUUUAAUGAUGAUAGAGAGAAUGGAUCUUAUAAAAAGGAUAUUAGAAGCUGUUCAUUAAUUUAGUAAAAAGGUACAAGUUUUUAAUUUGUACAUAAAUCUAUUUAAGAGUUUCUUAUUGCAGCUGAUUUGUAUGAAAUAUUUGAAAAAUUAAGAAAUAUUGAUGUCAGAAUUUUUAGUUCAAUAUUAGAAAAGUAUUAGUUUAAAAACAAAAAUUUCACUUUAGAGUUAAAUGUAAAGGAGAUGACAGAUUAGCAUUACUUAAAAAUUUAUUCUAUGUAGAAUUUAAUUUUUUAUUAAAAAUAAUUAAAGUUAAAUGCCAUUGAAGAAAAUGUUAAGAAAACUAUUAGUAUUUUAUAAAUUUUUUAGAGACAUGAGUUUAAUAAAAUAGAUUUUUCUAUUAAAGCCUAUGAAGAAAGCCGAAAAUUUCUUAUGCAAAAGAUAUCAACUGAUGAAAAUAUUAUCCAAUUUUUAAAGUUUAUAGUGCAUCUCACAGCGUUGGAGGAAUCUUUAAUUUAGAGCGGAUCUAAUUCAUUAAAUUUAUUGGUUGAAAUGAAAAUUGAUCUGACUUAAUAGUCGUUUCGGAAUAUUAGAAUUAAAAAUACUUCAUUAAAUGGAGCGAGUUUUGCAAAAUGUGAUUUAAGUGGAUCUUAAUUUCAAAAUUUUAAAAUCCAUGGGAUUAAUUUAAAUGGCGCAAUAUUAAUUAAUUGUAAAUGGAAAAAUCUAUACAUUAAUGAACUGCAUAAAAUAGAAGGACAUAUCGGAAAUGUUGAUUCAGUCUGCAUUUCUACUGAUGGUCUGAUAUUAGCAUCUGGUAGUAGUGAUACAUCUAUUCGUUUAUGGGAUAUAAAAUCAGGAGAAGAAAAGUAUCUUUUAUAAGGGCAUAAUGAUUAUGUAAGAUCUGUAAAUUUCUCUCCUGAUGGUAAGCUCUUAGCCUCUGGUAGUGAUGAUAAAUCUAUCCGUUUAUGGGAUACAGAUACUGGAUAAGAAAUAUAAAUAUUGCAAAGACAUAGUGGAGCUGUUGUAUCAGUUUGCUUCUCUCCUGAUUUGGUUUAAUUGGCAUCUGGCAGUUGGGAUAAAACCAUUUGUUUAUGGAACAUAAAUUCAGGAGAAACUCUAAAAAUACUUGAAGGACAUAGUGGUGGUGUUAUGUCUGUAUGUUACUCUCCUGAUGGUUAGACAUUAGCGUCUGGCAGUAGAGAUGAAUCUAUAUUUUUAUGGGAUUUAAAGUUAGGGAAUAAAAAUUAAUUAUAAAAAGCUAAUUGUGGAGGGUUCAUGACCCUAAGCUUCUCUCCUGAUGGCACUUUAUUAAUAUCCGGUAGUUGUGAUAAAUGUAUCCGAAUUUGGGAUAUAAAAUCAGGAAUCGAAAAGAAAAAACUCGAAGGACAUGGGGCAGGUAUUUCUUCUAUAUGCUUUUCUCCUGAUGGUACUUAAUUUGCAUCAGGUAGUUGGGAUAAAUCAAUUCGUAUUUGGGAUUUAAAAUCAGGUGAAUAGACUAGAAUACUUUAAGGACACAGUGGUGGUAUUUCUUCAGUUUGUUUUUCCUCUAAUGGUGUUGUAUUAGCAUCAGGUAGUUGGGAUAAAUCUAUUCGUCUUUGGGAUGUGAAGUCAGGAGAAGAAAAAAAAAAAUAAUAAGGACAUCAUGGAAGGAUUUCUUAAGUAUCCUUCUCUCCAGAUGGGAUUAUAUUAGCAUCUGUUAGUGAUGAUGAAACAAUACGUUUAUGGGAUGUAAAUACAGGAAAAGAAAAAAAAAUAUUAAUAGGACAUAAGGGAUAAGUUUCAUCAGUAUGCUUCAUAUCUGAUGGUACUACUUUAGCUACAGGUGGAUAAGAUACUUUUAUUCGAAUAUGGGAUGUAAAGUCAGGGGAAUAAAAGAAAAUGUUUUAAGGACAUAGGGAUUGUGUCAGAACAUUAUGUUAUUCUCCUGAUGGUUCUAAAUUAGCUUCAGGUAGUGAAGAUACUUGCAUCUAUAUAUGGGAUUUAAAGUAAGAAAGAAACAAUAAAAUGCUAUAAGGACAUAGUGAUUAUGUGACAUAAGUGAUCUUCUUCGCUGAUGGUAAAAAAUUAGCAUCUUGUAGUGAAGAUGAAAGUAUACGUUUAUGGGAUGUAGAUUUAGGAAAAUAAACAAAGAUUAUACAAGGUCAUUAUGGUACUUUUUAUUCACUAUGUCUCUCUUCUGUCGGUACAAUCUUCGCAUCUGGUAAUUAUGAUCGAGCUAUCCAUUUAUGGGAUUUUAAUUCAGGGGAUGAAGUCAAAAUAUUAAAAGGACAUUGUGGAUAAGUCUUGUCAGUCUGUUUCUCUCCAGAUGGUACUAAACUAGCAUCAGGUAGUAUGGAUAAUACCAUUCGAUUAUGGGAUGUAAUUUCAGGAAAGGAAAAGUUUAUAUUACAAGGACAUAACGAUUAUGUCUUAUGUGUAUGCUUCUCUCCAGAUGGAUCUAUUUUAGCAUCAAGUAGUGUUGAUAAAUCUAUUCGCUUUUGGAAAUUAAAUCUAUUCUAAGAAAUGGAAAUAUUAUAAGGAUAAACUGGAUACAUCUUACCUGUCUAGUUUACAAAAGAUGACCUUUUAUAUAUAUCGAUCAGUAAUUGUUAAGUAAACUCAAUUCUUAUUCAAAAAAAUUAAAAAGAAAAUACAAAUUAACUAUAAGAAUUCAAUCAUAAUGAAUUUAUUGAUUAUUUUUAUAAUUCAUCUUAAGAAACUCGUUAGGCAAUAAAUUCUAGUAUUAAAUAUUUUUAUUUCUAGAUACUGUCACAGUUGUCCGAAUUUCAUAGAAUGAAUUAUUCUCAGCAGAAAAGACUUUCAUUUUAAACGGAGAAUUUACUAAUCAAUUAGGAAUGGAUUUGAGAAAACUUUUUCAUCAAAAAGGAAGCAUCAUCAUGAAAACUUAGGUAAAGUAAGUAGAUAAUGAAGUUUAUAAAUGA